AUGCAUCAUCCCACAAAAAAUUGUUCAAGUUCAUACACACACACACAUCAAUCGAUUAGAAUGCAUCAUCAUGUUUUUUUUCGUCCACAAAAAACAAAUGUGUCAUCCUCGUCGUCAUUGUUAAGUGAAACGAGUAAUGAUGAAAAUAAUUCCACAAUUAAGAGUCUUAUUUUUAAACCAUUAGAAAAACAACAACACUCAAAAGUAACAAUGAAAGAACGUGGUAUUCUUGGAGAAGUUGGAAAUAGAACAACAUCAACAACAACAAUCACAAACAAAUUAACAACACUUUCAAUUAAUAAAAAACCACCACCAACGUCGUUAUCAAAAGAAAAUUUAUCAACAAAAAAUGUUACGAGAGUCGUCGUUGUAGAAGAAGAAAUAGAGCAAAAAGAAGAAGUACAACAGAUUGAACAAAAUAAUUUACCACAACAAAAUGAAACACAAGAAAUAUUAAUAGAAACAACUAAAGUAACUGAUGUUCCACAAGAAUUUGAUUGCGACAGUAGCGAUUCAAAAAUAUUAGAUACGGUAUAUGAAUACAUUUAUGAUAUAUGUAAAUAUUGGAGAGAAUUAGAACAAAAAAUGCCAAUUACACCAAACUAUUUGCAACAUAGAAAAGGUACCGUAACGGCAAAUAAUCGCGCAAUAUUGAUCGAUUGGUUAUAUCAAGUACAUGACCGUUUUAAAUUAUUAUCUGAUACAUUCUAUACAACUGUACAAAUAAUUGAUCGGUAUUUACAAGCUGUCGAUGUUCAAAAACGUGACUUGCAACUAAUCGGUUCAACAGCAUUAUUUAUGGCCUGUAAAUAUGAAGAAAUGCGUAUACCAGAAAUGAACGAUUUAGUUUAUGUAUCAGAUAAUGCAUUCAGCAAAGAUGAUAUGAAAGAAAUGGAACGUGAUAUAUUUGAUCAAUUAAAUUAUGAUUUGGGACGACCAUUAGCUAUUAAUUUUCUACGGCGUUAUUCAAAAAUUGGUCAAGCAAGUGAUAUUGAACAUACAUUGGGUAAAUAUUUGUUAGAAUUAACAUUUACCGAUAUAUCGUUAGUUCAUUAUUCACCAUCAUAUUUGGCCGCAUGUGCCGCAUUCCUUGCACGCUAUUUAAUUUUGUUACAACAACAACAACAAAAAAAAGGCAUAACAAUAACACCACAAAUAAUUAAAAAAUUAACUGAACAUAUUUGGCCCACAGAUUUUUUUACAUAUCAUACAUCAUAUUCAUUUGAACAAUUAAAAUCUGGCAUUGAACAAUUAGGUCAAUUAUUAAUACAAAAUGAGAGUGGUUCAAAUAAAUUGAAAAGUGUUAAAAGAAAAUAUUCACAACCGUGUCUAUUUAGUAUAGCUACAAAUGAUUGUUGUAAACUUGUCUAUGUCCAAUUAGCAUUAAAUCGAUUAUUCAAACAAUAA